UUUACUAAUUUUAACUUCCAACUUAUAUAAUUCAAAACCCUGGUUACUAAUUGUGUAGAAAUUUUUGUAAUUGUAUUCAAUUAAGAGAUUAAUGUGACCACUAUAUAGUUCCUUCUUCAUGUAUGGGUGAUUGAGUCUUGUGUUGUAGUUGGCUACUAAGUGGCAAACGGGUAGUUUUUUAUGUGCAAAGAAAGCCAAUGAAUUAUUGGGGUUCAUCAGGUUCUGUUUCGUGCUUAUGCAAACAAAAUUCAGUGAAAAUCUAUGAUCAUGGACCCAUUUGUCCUAUUGAUUCUUUUCUAGAUUCUCGGAAACAAAAUGGAAAAAUAUCACCUGAGUCGAACAUGGUAGAUGAUUCCAGAACUGUAAUUUUUAAGGAAUAGAGCUGGUUGUAUAUGCGUAUAGACAUAGUAACUUCUAUAGCUUGCUUACUUUGUUUUGCUUCUGUUUUUUUGUACAGUAUAAUCCGUGAUUUAUUUGUUGAUUUGGAUGUUGUCCUCAAUAGAUUGAAUGUUCAUGUUAUAUUUUGAUGUUAAUUUCUGCAGUUUACACUUGAUUUAUGGACAUAAACUUAUUUAUGUUUAUGUAAUUGUUAUUUUGGAUAGAGUACUUUCUAAUUUCAAGUACUCGUGUGCAUUAUUUGUUUUGUUUUUUUUUUGGUCAGCAAAAGAAAUUUAUUAAUACGUAGGCACUAGAAGUACCUAGAAAUACAAAGGUAUUUACCACACUUUAACAAGUGAUAAAUAAGAAAUGUUAAUAAACCCAACCAAGUCUAAUAAAAUAUAAAUCAAUUAUAAAAGCAAGUUCCAGGUGAGUUUUGCCAUUGACUGAAGGAGUAUGAGAAGUCCUUUGUCAGUUCUUUUAGCCAAGCUCAAGAGAAAUACAAAACGUCCUGUAUCACUUUGUUAGAGUAAAAAACUUGAUUUUUAUGUAAAGAUGCAUUCCUAUGUCUCCAAAUAUACCAGAUCACAGCACACCAAAGUACUUUCCAUCUCUCUCUACAAGUAGUGUUCCAAGAUAGCAUAGGAUAAUGAUAAAAGUGUAAGCUCGGUGUACCUGGGAGAACAGACACGAUGUCAAACCACCAAAAACAAGUUUUCCAAACCUUUUGAGCUUCUUUACACCUAAAUAGGACGUGAGUUAUAGAUUCUGCCUCAACUCUACAAGCAAGACACAAAGCGUCCUCUUCCACAAGUUGGAUAUUCCUCUUGAUAAGGUUGUCUAAAGAUGGCAUCCUGUUUAAGAGGAUCCUCCAAAUGCAAAUAGAUACUUUCAUAGGUACCUUAGUGUUCCACACAUCCACAAAAAGAGGUUCCUGUUAUUAUCAUGUAGCCAAGGAGGUUUUUAGUUAAUGCACCACUGCUAUAACCCGGAUCUUGGAGUGCUUUGUAGCCAUAAACUGCAUUGUUGGGAGCUGGCUGCUCAAGAUUUGGUAUGUGAGUGGUUGAAGCCUUAACCAUGGCAUUUUGUCUUCCUCUCUCAUUCAACAAUCCCAAACCAGUCAUUUCCCUGAGUUCCAGCUUUAUUCUUGGAAGAACAACGCCUUUAUUCUUUUCUAUCAAUGAAAGACUAAAUCCCUGUAACAAUCUCGAUAAUGUCUCAGUUUCAAUUUCUUGCUCCUCUAAACUUGUACGUGACCGUACACUAGACAGGCAUGUUGUCAUGAAGAAUAAAAUUAGGUUUGUUCAAAAACUAAAAACUUUACUUCUCUCUAAACCGAAACAUUAUAUUCCAGUUCACAUUCUGUCAAAAUGUCGGUCUUAUCUUUGUCUUUCCAAGCCCCGUUCCAUACUUUCUAUGAUCCAUCGGUAUCCAUCCGUUUUUGAACUCUUCACCAUCCCAUGGCCACCCAAACCACUCAAUGCAACGAAGUUGCAUAAUCAACUGUGUGUUCGAUUAACUCCAGCUGCAGCUGCGCUUGCAGCUGAGGAAUUGAAUCUUCAAUCUUCCAUUUCCAAUAUGUUGGCAACCAAACUCCAAAAACUUCUUAUGCUGUCUUCUCACCACAAGAUACUUCUUUCAAAAUUGGUUCACUUUGCUCCAGAUCUUGGUUUACCUCCUAAUUUUAGAUCCCGGUUGUGCAAUGACCAUCCAGACAAAUUCAAGAUUGUUGACACACCCUAUGGCCGUGCUCUUGAGCUUGUAUCUUGGGAUGUCAACUUGGCAAAUCCUUUGUUGCCUCCUGCAUCCCAUUCUCUUGAUUUAAUAGUUGAGCGUCCUUUGAAGUUCAAGCAAUUGAGACUUCGAAAAGGGCUCAAUUUAAAGAGACGUCACCAUGAUUUCUUGCUAAAAUUUCAAGAAAUGCCAGAAAUGUGCCCCUAUAGGAACCCUGCUGAGGCUUUGGCCAAGGAAUCAUUGGAGGCAGAAAAGAGAUCAUGUGCACUAGUAAGGGAGGUUCUUGCAAUGACGAUUGAAAAGAGGACUUUAAUAGACCACUUGACCCAUUUCAGAAAGGAGUUUGGCCUCCCAAACAAGUUGAGAGGGAUGAUAAUAAGGCACCCAGAAUUAUUUUAUGUGAGUUUGAAAGGGCAACGACACUCAGUUUUCUUGGUGGAGGGGUUUGGCGAGAAGGGUGACUUAUUGGAGAAGGAUGAUGUUUUAUUCUUGCAAGAUAAAUGGAUGGAUUUGGCUAGGGAGUCCAAGAGAAUGAGACAAGAGAGAAGGAAGGCUAGGAUUGACAAAGAUGAUGGCAGCUUAAAUGAUACUGAUCAAAAUAAUUAUGACAGUGAUGAUGAUUACGAUGACAAUAUUGAGAUUGAUAAUUUUAAAGAUGGUUAUGAUGAUGGUUUUGAGGAUAUAUUUGAAGAUUUGGAUUUUGAGGAUGAGGAUGACGAUCAUAGAAACAAGUUUUAUUCCCAAAACAACAAUGGAGAAUUUUGGAUUGCAAGACCUUUUCCUAUUCAACAUGGUUUGGAUGGAGAACAGACACAACCUUGGUAGUUUUAAAUUUGAAGAACGAAUUUUUUCCUAUAGAAGUAAAGGGAUGGAGAUAGUUCUAGAUUGCAUGUACUCAAGUGGUAAAUGAUAGUUCCAGACUGCGUGUAGCAUACUGUGAUGGAGAUACUGCUCUAUGCUUGACUAUGACUAUAGUUGAAAGAUCAUUCGAUGUAAGAUUGUGUACAUAAGAUAAGAUUUAAGUAAAGUAUAGAAGUUUAGAGGCCUAUUUUUGUGCUGAAGCUUUCA